CUCCAUAACUGACUUUUAUCAUCAUCAACAACCACCCAUGCUCAACCUUGCAAUAAAAGAAGACCUAAUCUUCUCACUUAUUAUGUCAUCUCCAUCAUACCUACUACUUGAUAGAAUCAGAUAUAUGCAGCACAAUCAUACACAAGCUCUUUCUCUCUCUGUUUUGUUACACUUGUGUCAUUGGCUUUGACGUCAUACGACUUGAAUUCUUAUCCAAUUCGAAUCUCUUACCAUAAAUUCUCAUUUUCUCAUUCCUCCAAGAAUCUUGAUUUUGCCACUUCUUUUUAUACUCUUGCUCUGUUUUUCUCUUAUUUCUGUGAACGUGAGAAAAAAAAUGGUAGUGCUGUAAGCUCGAUUUCGCUCAGACAAGUGUCGCCUUUCUUGAGUUCUGUAAUACUUUUAUGGAUUUAUCUUUGGGCAAAAAAGGUUUCAGUUUUGCGCUAAGGAACAAGAAGUGGAUAUUACUUGCACUCAGUGGUUACGGCGCCUUUAGGGUUUACCACUCUCCUUCCAUCUCCCAGAAACGCAAACGAAUCUCUAAACUCUUCACUCUCCUCUUCAACCUCAUCGAAGCAUCCUCUGCUUCCGCCGAAGCGGUUAGCGUGAUCACCAAGGAUCUAACAGAGUUUCUAAAAUCAGACUCCGACCAUAUCCCAAACAGCUUCAGACAGAUCUCCAAACUCGCGAACUCUCAUGAGCUAAACUCCUCCUUGAUCAGAUUCACACAAGCUAUCACCGUUGGGUUACUCAGAGGCUACCGGUUAGAUGAAACCGGUUCCGGUUUUACGGAUCACGUUAUGGAUAAGCUUUUCACGAAAACCGGGUCCGGUUUCGCUUCGGUUAUCGUCAGUAGCUUCGCUAAAAACUUGGUCGUUGCUCUCUACUCCGCAUCAUCAUCCUCCGGCGAAUCGAAAUUGCUCGACGCGGUUUGCUCAGACGACGGGAGGAAGCUAAUCGGCGACUGCGUUCAGCGUUUCGUGAGCAGUGCGGUUUCGGUUUAUCUCGAUAAGACAAACGACGCUAACGUUUUCGACGAUUUAUUUUCCGGUUUAACUAAUCCGAAACACGAGGACAAGGUUAAGCAGACGCUAGUAACGGUAUGUAACGGUGCUGUUGAAACGUUUGUGAGAGCGUCGAGAAGAAAAACAACUGAACCGGAAUCGAACCGGACGUGGUUGGAUGGGGUAUCGUCUUCGUUGUCUGUACCGAGUAACCGGAAAUACGUGGUGGAUUUAACCGGGAAGGUGACGUUUGAGACGGUUAGGUCGUUGUUAGAAGUGUUGAUCGAGAGAGCGAAUGGGAAAGUGGAGAGUUACGUGGAGAGAGUUAGAGAGAAGGGAAAUGAGACGAGGAGAUUUGUGAGAGUUAAAUCAUCACUUCUUCGUAGUUUAUGUUUGUCUCUGUGUUUACAGAUUGUUGAAGCUCCAUGGAUACUGACUCCAAGAAACUGAUCAGGCUACAAGACAACUUUUUCUUUUUUUAUGUUACACUAAACUUUUGUGUUUUGUUUAAUUCUUAGAUUCAUAGAAAUUUCCAUGUAAAAUUGCCUUUUUCUACAAUUGGAAAAUGAUUGUUUUUGACUUGGGAAAAAAGAAAGGGGUUUCAUUUGAAUGUUUUGGAUUCGGAUAUUUGGAUAAUGAUCAAAGAUGUGGGACAUUGUUU